AUGAAGUUGACUUACUUCCUCCUAAUUUCCGUCUUUGUGGCCGCUGCUGUGGCCAGCGAUGCCAAGGUGAAGAUCGGGGUUAAGAAGCGCGUGGAGAACUGCACCCGGAAGGCCAAGAACGGCGACUUGGUCCACGUACACUACAGGGGCACGCUGCAAGAUGGCACCGAGUUCGACAGCAGCUACUCCCGCGGCACUCCCUUCUCCUUCACCCUGGGCGCCCGCCAGGUCAUCAAGGGCUGGGACCAGGGCAUCCUGGGCAUGUGCGAGGGCGAGCAGCGCAAGCUGACGAUUCCCCCGGAGCUGGGCUACGGAGCAAGUGGAGCGGGCGGUGGCAAGAUUCCGCCCAAUGCGCUGCUCCUCUUCGACACGGAGCUGGUGAAGAUCGAACCCAAAUCGGGCUCCGAGGAGCUGUAGAGGAACAAAGGCUGCCAUUCUAAGCAACAUCCAAAGUUUAC